AUGCCAGUCAUUCACGACCGAUACCGAGUCAUCCGUGAGCUCAGCUCGACGCUCUAUGGAUGGGUUUUCGUCUGCGAAGACAUGCGUGGGCGACUCGAACCAGCCCCACCUUCGGCCACCAAUGUGUCCGUUGUUAUCAAGCAGAUUUCACUCCAGCGUAUGGCCACUUUCAUGCGAGAUCACCCGCCGGAUGCUCACAUACCAGACAAUCCCAUUGUUGAAAAGGAGAUUGGCGACAUCAUCCGCACAGCGGGAGGUCACCCCAACCUUGUCACUUACGCAGACUCAUUCGUAGAGCAUCAGACGCUCUACCUCGUAAUGGAGCACUGCUCCGACGGCGAUAUGUACGACUACUUGAGUCGCCGCAGACAACAGACCAUGCCCUGUAUGAACUCUCUGAGCGUACUAUCUCAAGUCGCCGCGGGUCUGGCCUUCCUUCACCGGCAUGGCAUUGCCCACCGGGACGUCUCACUCGAGAAUAUCAUGCUACACCGUGGACGAUGUAAACUAGGAGACUUCGGGUUGGCUACACGUGCUCAACGUGCCAGUGGUCGACACGUGGGCAAGAAAUACUACAUGGCGCCUGAGAUCGUUGCAGGUGUCAUGUAUGACCCCAAGACAGCUGACGUGUGGUCUUUAGGCAUCGUUCUCUUCAUCAUGCUCACGGGUUCCCCGCUCGUGUCAUUCGCGUCCAUGUCAGUCAAAGCGUUUCGGGCACUUAGACAGGCAGGUACCGCUACAGUUUUGGAGGCCUGGGGUGUAGCCGACUCCAUUCCAAGCAGCGCGCUGCAACUGGUGUCGGGUAUGCUGGAAAUCGACCCCAACAAACGGCUGACGAUCGAGCAGGUGUUGGAGCACGACGCUUUCAACGAGUGCCUGGUUUAGAUUGUGUUUUAUUUCUUGAAGACGCUCACUUAUUAGGCAGUUUAUAGCUCUCGCAUUGGAACAAGAGAUGAAUAACUGUUUGGUGUAACCAAAACUGAUAACUGUAGAAUACACUGCUACUCC